AUGCAAACCUUCAACGCCUUCAUAAGAAGUUACUCCACUUUGCGUUCCCACGCGCUCACCACCCAUGCCACUCGCGACUUCACCCAUUCCUCCUUACCUUCUGACUUGGGACUCCCACCCCUGCCUAUCCGGGCCUUCCGAGGCAACAUGGAAGCCAUGUUUGACGUCUUCAAUAGCUUCGAAGUGACGCCUCAAGACGACGGAUACGGCGGCCCAGCGGUGCAUUUCUCACGUGACACAGAUACUGUUGUUGCGCAUUGUCGGAUGGGCGGGAAGAUCAAUGGAGAAGGGGAUAAGGGAAGGGCACUUCAGGAGAGUGGGGUCACAGAGUGGUGGACUGAAGCGGUGUUGUUUGUGAAGAUGAGCAAGGACGGACGGAGAGUAGAGAGUGUAAGGGAGUUCACGCAUAGCAAGAAAGCAGACGAGUUGCAGACGAGGCUGGAAACCGCAUUGGGUGAGUGA